ACAGGUAACUACUAGCUUUCUUCAGAUAAGGAAUUACUGCUGAGAUAAGAGAAACUUUGCAUUGUGCUAUCAGCAAUAUCAAAAUGAAGACUACAGCUGGUGUGCUUCUUUUUCUGAGUCUCUUUGGACUGAACUCUGGUUAUAGAAAACACUAUUUUGUGAAUAGCCGUAUCACCUGGAAAGAUGCACAGACGUACUGCAGAAACAACUAUGAUGACCUGUCCACUGUCAGUGGUUCAACUCUACAAAAGCUCUCCAAUAUUUCUCUAUUAAACUUGAUGGAUGCUUAUUGGAUUGGACUUAAAUCAGAUACAACCCUACACAUUUGGAAGUGGUCUGCAGGUGGACAGGCAACAAUUAAUGAUUGGGCCCAUGGAGAACCAGGAACUUAUUUUGAAAGAUGUGGUUAUGUCUAUGCAGUUUUUUCUCAAGUGGAUCAAACAGAUUGCUUACGGAGUAUACCUUUUUUUUGUAUGGAGGACUAUGAGCUGGUCCUGGUGAAACAGGAAAGCACAUGGGAAGAGGCUCUGGACUACUGCAGACAAAACUACCUUGAUCUGGCUAUUCUGAAAUCAGACGUUAGGAUGACGGAAGCAAAUACUGCUACCAGAGAUGCCCAGACAGAUGAAGUGUGGACUGGUCUGCGCUUCUUAUCAGGUAACUGGAUGUGGGCAAAUGGAGAGGAACUUCAAUAUAAGCACUGGUCUGGGGGGCAAGAGCUCCAGUGUCCUGCUAUGAAUCAACGCUGUGGAGUUUAUCAUAGACAAGAGAUGGUUUGGAAACCUGCAGACUGUGGGAGGAGACUCAAUUUUCUCUGCCACAAUAACCCAUAAUCCUUUCCUAAACAUCUGUCUUUCAUCACAACAAAUCGCUACAGUAAUAUACAAGCAAUUAACAUUCAACUCUUUCAUCUCAUCGGGAACCCAUACCCAUUAAAAACAAAAAGCUAUAUAGUUUCAGAAGUUUAUAGGUUCAUAUU